CCUCUAUUUAACAUAAACCCUCUUUAUAAGGCACGAUUUUUUAGCCCCAGGGUGUAUCUUAUAUUGAGGUUUUUUGUUUUGUUUAUUAAUCUAGUUUUAAGUUUGAUUUUUUCUCAAGUUUUUCAAUGAUUGGCCAUAUUUCACUUUCUAUUAGACGCUUAUUACUUUCACAACAAAGACGGUGUUUGUUGCUAAAUAAAAGAAAAAUUAAUAGAACUACAAAUUUUCAACAAAAUUCGGCAUAUUUUGAACAGUCUUCCACAAAUACAAAUUCUUCAUUAAAAUUGGAUAACCAAGAUGAUGAUCAAAUAUUGGAGUAUUAUGAAGUGGAAGAGGAGGGUGUUGAUGUCCCAAUGGUGGCUGAAACAGAGCCUUACCUUAGAAGAGAUUUGCAAUUAAGAAACUUUUCUACGCUUUCCCCAGAUGAAGUAAUUGAAGUAUUGGAAGAUCAACGUGCUAAGGACAUUGUUUGUUUUCAAGCAUCCGGAGAAAGUAAAAAUAAUCAUGAUGAAAACAAUAAUGCCAGCGAGCAACAGGAACAACUUCGCCCAUAUAGCCCAUUCACCAUAAUCUGUUCGCCCUACAAUAAAAGGCAUGGAAAAGCUCUGAUGACAAUUGUACGGGCUUUUGUGAAAAGAAAUUUUUUGUUUGAGGGUCAAAAAGAUAUUCCACAUCGUUUUGAUAAAGAUCCAAGUGGUUGGUAUAUGUUGGACUUGAAAAAUGUUACAGUGCAUAUAAUAGAGGAGGAUUUGAGAAAAAGGUUUUUUUAAUUU